GCAUCUUUAUAUUUUUUAUAUGAAGUAUUAUGUAAAGGUUAAGCUUUUACCAUAGGCUGUGGCAAAGAAUAGGAUAUGGCUGUGUCAUCAUGCAGGGUUGGCUUUUUUUUCUUUAUUUAUUUUGGGCUUUUUUUUUUUUUUUUUUUCUUUUUUUUUUUAUUUGCAUUUUCUUUGCUAAAUCCGUCACUACCGCAUCUGGCAAACGCUAUAUGUCUUUAUUUCGAUGCCUUACUGUUUUUCUGUAACCCGUUCUUGUAUUCUUUAAGGAAUCAAGAUUAUUAGAGUCACAAACAAAAUGACAUCGUUGCCAUGGCAACCGAUCAGUGUGUCUCCCCUCAACACACACACACACACAUACACACACUCGCACCAUAUUGCUUAGCCAGCCAUAAUCGUGGCAAGGAUGAGAAGUAGUUUGAGAAACGAAACACUUGAAGCGGUCGGGAAUCAACGUAUCAAACCCUCAUCAACACCGUCUCGCGAAACCAAUAAACGCACUAUUCAGCGCAGCGGACCUCUGUGAGAACACCCGCCUCAUUCCACCGGUGUUUCGUGACAGGGUCGGAAUGUUCUUGUGUGCACACUUUGCAGGCGGCGUCGAUUAACGGCAACGUUAAGGAGCAACACAGAGGGAAAAAAUGCAUGGCAUCGCUGCAGCACGUUAUUUUGAGCGUUAUUAAAUAUAUAUGAGGGACUUAGGCAAAGGUUAUCUCACCUGGAAUACUUUCACAGUUCAUAACGUUAACACGCAAACAAGUUGUGCACGAUUUGUUACUUACAGGUAAAAAAAAAAAAUCGAUACUUUAUCUAUAGUACGAACAUGGAAACAACCGGGGUAGGUGAGAGAAAAUCCUUGAAAGAAAUUAGUGACUAUAACUGUUGUUUUGUUACCAAAAGACGAGACUAUCAUCAAUAGAGGAGUGCUGCAACAGUUUGUGGAAAUAAUUUCUCAGCCAUCAUCGUCGCUCAGGGUUGAAUAAGAUGCGAGACUGGCGCUGUCGUGAGGAUCAACAGAAUUCAGUACAGAGGCACAUCGCUUGAUAACUGAACGCUUCAUAACCAGUGGAUUCCAAGAUCAACCCUGCAAAAAUCGUGAGGAAACAGCCAUGUCCACACCAUGGGAUUUUAAACCAUUUCACCAAGAGCAUCAGCAAACGCUUUCAAACCUUUCUCAAUGAAAACUGGGCUUAUCUUAAAAGCAUAUCUGCUGCGUGAACCUUAAGAAACUGGAAAGAGACUGGAAGUCAAAGACUCUCCUUGGAAAUUUCUAUUGUGAAGACAAUCAGCCUUGAAAACGUUUUACGUCUUCACUGCCAUCAUCAGUUUUUUUGUGUGUGUUUGUGUCGUCGGUUUACUGAACAUUCUCUAAUACACACCUAAACUACGUGACGAUAGGGCAUACGUUUUAAAUACAACAUGACAGAUGACUCAGUUCAUAUCUGAUAUCUUUCAGCUAUUGUAAAUUUGCACACAGGAUUAUCCAUUUGGUCAUUCUUUACAUGCUGAAUGAGGAAAUGCACAUUCAUUUCAGUUCAGUAAUGUAGAGGUUUGCUGAACAAACUCAAAAUGAUUCCUCAUCACACUGGCCUCAAACCCUCAAAGGAGUUCACCAUUCUGAGUAGUCCUGUUAACACGUAAACAAGAACAAGAAGAUUAGUUUCGGAGGUUAUUUUUUUUCACCAAGUGUAUGGAAAUUGUUUAUACUAAUUAAUAAUAGUAAACAUUCAGGGAGCAUAACAGGUCAGGGAAAUCUGCUUAAAGACUAAGUGCCAUUGCUGAAUGUAAGGAGUGCCCAAAUAAAAAAAAUUGUGAAGACAAGCAAAACAUUAGUUUACAUUUUAAAGAUGUUUACAGUUGCCCCUUUCUCUUAAAUUAAUCUUUCAUCCUGAUAAGUGCCAAAACAGAGAAUUAUACCUAAAUACGUCUAAUGUACACAGUUGUACUACAACUUAAUUGCCUUCAUGUGUCAUGAUAUACUAGAUAUUGAAGUAAUAGGAGGACAGUAACGAGAAGCCAUUUUGUUUGUCUGCGGAUAUGUGAAAAUGUAUUUUUUUGAACAAAGCCACAAAAGGGAAUAUUUGCCUUGUUAAUACAUUCAAAACUGACAAUAAAUUAAAUAUUCUUUCAUUUCCUGUUUAUACAAGAACUAGCCAAUUGUAUGUUGCCUGCUCAGAAUAUUGUCAGUAUUUGGGUUGUUUUACAUAUUGUUCAGGUUUUCCAGCUAUAUGCUGGAUGGAAACACUGCAUGUUGAGAGAAUAUGUGUUGUAUAGCUUACCUUGAAGCUGAAAGCACAUCGAAAUAGUUUUUUUUUUUUUCUCGCACGCUGUCUCCGAGUGUGACCAUUCACAUUAUACACUUUUAUCAGACUUUGAAAACAGAUUUUUCUUUUGGGACUGUUUUGAUAUAAACUCAAAUUUCAUACGUCGGAGGGCUGCUUCAAGAAUAUUUUACAUACAGCACUAAGCAGGCUGUUUUUACAAAAUUCGGCAUUGUGCGGUGGGUUGAGUCAGCGAGAGAAAAUAGCAGCAUUAGUCAUGUAAAGAUGAUGCCCACCUUGGAAGCUCGAGUACGUGUCAUCAUUCUCUUCCUGCUAAUCGCUGUCCCACUUAACGUUUCCUCUGCGAGCGUCCCGGGCCCCUCCAGAAACGGAGCAAAUGGGCCCAUCACCAUCACCCCGACGCCCAACCCCAGAUCUCAGGGUAGGGGCUUUCUUCACCCCCUUUCUAAAAGCGGUGGGAGUAUGCGAGGGAAGUCCAUGAAUCGUCGGCCAAAGCAGCCAGCUGGAGUGGCAGAAAUGCCCCUCGGGCCGUUGCCUCAGACAAUGCUGCCAAAGAAUGUAACGACUGAUGCAAUGAAGGCCCCUUUUGGAAAAGCGCUUGUAGCUCCGCCUUCUCGCAAACUGGUGGAAGUGGACGUGUGUCGAGGUUAUUAUGAUGUCAUGGGGCAGUAUGACCUCACCUUUAACUGCUCCAAGGAUGACUUCAUCUACUGCUGUGGCACCUGCCAUUAUCGAUUUUGUUGUCCGGACCGCACUCGAAGGCUGGACCAGAACAUUUGCCACAACUACCAUUCCCCUGUGUGGGCCAAUACAGCCCCCCCUGCGACCAGGCCGUCACAGCCUUCCCAUCCGGACCUCAGCCGCAUCGAACAGAGCAACAACACCAUCUACGUCAUCGGUGGAGUCAUCUCGUUUACUGUGGCAGUGGCAGUGGCCAUUAAAGUGGCGUUCCACAAGGCAUCACGGCAGCCUAGGAACAGAGAACUCAACAUGCCCAGGGCUCUUGUGGAAAUGUUGCGUCACCAGUCGAGUCCAGUUCAAGAGGGAGAGAGAAACAACAGCGUAGCCUUGGGAACUGGAGGAGGAGAGGGGACACUUGGACGACCCCCGAAAAAUCUAUAUCCCACACUACAGAGAGAGAAAGAUAACAGAUUGGGGAAUCUACAGCAUAACUUCAUCCAUACCACAGGCUCCAGUCCCAAACAUACAGCCACCAUCGAGCGUGGAGCACGUAUGAACAACAUGCAGAUGGUCGCCGGAGGCACAUUGAAGCCCAGUAAGCAUACUAACGCCAUGAAGCCCCAGCCGUCCUUCCAUCACUCCCUACAUAACCUGGCUCAGCUGCCACCCUCGUAUGAAGCCGCCAUGAAGCCUGAGAUCAACAGAUACUCAUCUCUUAAGCGUCUGGAGAAAGGAGGAUUGGAGGAAUAUUCAGGUUACUGUACCACCAAACGGAGGCCCAACAACGCCCCUCCCGCCUUUCAUUCCUCCCAGCAUCACCUUCCCUGGGGUGGCGACUACACAAUGGGGGGAAGAGGCACGCUUCCCACCCAUGCCACUCGUCCUCGAAUACCUCAUCCGCAGUCUGCCCCAAGCCACACCCCGAAUCCUUACCCUCUGGAACCUCCGGAAACAAAGCAAAACCAGAAUUACGAUACGCUUUCUAAACCGCCACGCCGCGUCAAGUCGACGGACCAGCUCCUUGCCCUUGCCGAUGGCAACACCUUAUCAAGGCUCUCGAAGAACCAGCAGCACCAAUACUACAAAGCCAUGGCCAGUGCAUCAAAGAACUCCAAUAACCAGAACACCCUGAAGAAGUCCAAGGAGAGGCUGCUGAUGUCACCAGAUCAUCUAGAGGAGGAGGUAAGCGGGGUUGAGUAUGGCGGAAGCGGGAUGGGUAUGGGAAUGGGCGACUACACGGGCGGAGGGGGAGGAGGAAUGGUGCCCACCCUGCCCCGCGUCAGCCACCAGAAAGCUCAAUCGCAGCAGAAUGUUUGCGCCACGCCGUCACUCGACCGUCACCACAUGAUCAAGAUGAACUCGCACCCGACGUCGGGGCGAGAGCAAGAGCGGAAUUCGGCGGUGAUGUCAGGUCACCUGGGAGGAGGCGGGGGCGGAGGAGUGGCAUGGGGCGACAUGCCAGGAACAGGAGUUGUCAUGGGAACAGGGACUCUUGGUGGACACAGUGCCAGGAGGCUUGCAUUUGCAGCUAAAAGGCAAAAUACCAUUGAACAACUUCACUUCAUCCCUGGUGGAGGGGGAAGUGGAGGAGGAGUGGCAUCCAACCAAGGGGUUAGAACAGGAAGCAAGAAUGAGGUUACUGUGUGAGCAAAAGAUGGGUGAAGGAUAGACUGUGUGAGAAGUUGGUGGAUGGUAGAGGGACUGUAGGAGAGAGAGAGUGGGCGGAAGAGGGAGAGAAAUAACGAGAGAAGAGAGAAAAGGAGUAGGAGGAUGGUAAAGGAAUCAGAGAAACAGAUUUUGAAGUAGGGGGCCACGAAGUGGGAGAAACUACACAGAAAGCGAUGUGGCACCUUUUACAUAUAUAUAUUGUAUAUAGUGGCAAAUUCACAACAUAAGAUUAGAUAACAACAGUUAUAAGUCAGGUUUGAUAGAGCUUCAAAGUUUUUUGUGCUUUUUAUGUUAAUGAAAUUGCCGCUAUAAUUAUGAUCAAAGCUGCCAUAUACAACUAUUUAUUUGUGUAAAUUUUGCCUAUAAAUCUACCGCAUAGAAUAUCAAUAGAGUGUAAUAUAAAUUCCACAUGAUGUGGACAUUUUUCAUAUCUUUAUGUCAUGUUUUUAUCCUCAGAUAUCUUACAUUAUUACACAUUACAGAUAUAGCUGCUAUGGAGCCAUAUAUUUCAGAGAACGGCUUUUAUCUUAUAACUAUGAUUGAACGACUGGGAGACUAAUAAUUAACAUCUGCAUAAGAGGAACCAGAUGAACAUGGAGCGCUCAUCCCAACUGACGAAUUGCAAAGCUACUUACAGUUGGACAAACGUAAUGCUGGAUCUUAUCUCUUUUUAAACCCUAAUCCACGUCGUCAUAAUGAGGAAGUGCGGCAGGGUUUUUACAACGUAUGUCAAAAGGAAUGAUGAUGGAACAAUAGGAGGAGCAUAUCCAGAAACUCUUAAGAAUUUAAUGAACUCAUUUUGAAUACAGUGAGACAGAGAAAGUAAGCCUUACCAUACAUUGUUUCGCCUGCAUCUUAUUCAGUGUGAAUUUAAUAUGGAUGUACCAAUUGAGUUUCUGUUCAAAUUGUUUUGGUGGAAUCCUGAAAAUAGUACACAAGGAGUUUUAAAUCCUCAAGUUUGCCCUUCAGUACAUAACUGGAGAUCGCUUCGAACUAUCGAUGAAAGCCAUUCUGGGACACAAUUGGGCAUAAAAGCCCAGACGAAAACCAAGAGAAAUGUCUGACAAUCAUCUUUUUUCUCCAUCUUAAAAUGACUCAUUAAUGAUCAAUGGCACUUUGUUUGGAUUCUGAGCCACCACUUUCUACAACGUCCAAGUGCUGGGAUUUGCAAGGGAGGUUCAUCGUGAGGGACGCUGGUCUACCAAAAGCACAAGAAUACAUUAGAUUUCUGUAAUGCUGGGUACAUACACGUUUAUGCUUCUCUUAGGUAUACUGUGUAGACAAACGGUUCACCUUAAGCUAUUAAAUAUGGAUCUGAGACGAAGAAAACGACUCAAGAGUAAGGGCACUCAUCAAUGUAUUUGUAUGUUAUGAUAUUCUGGCAUAAAAUUAGUGCAUAACAUGGCGGUACCAUUAUCUCGCUCAGGUGUUGGUUGGCAUUUGCAUAAAGACAAACCUCCUGGACUGCUUUUUGAAUCUCCAUGUUGAAGCCAUGUGUAUAUGCUGUUAAAACUGAGACUCUGCGAACAGUCUGAGGAUACAGGGAUGCCACACAGCUAACCUGUAUUUUUCAAAUCUGCUGUUACCGAGAUAUGACCACAACACGUCAUACCUGAUAUCUUCAUAACCAAUAACGCUUAUCAAUAUUAAGGGCUAUACAACACACAUGCGUUAGUGGUACAGCUGUUACCCACAGCUUACUCAUUAUUCAAUGAUAAUAAUCUUAUUAUUUACAAAAAAAGAUAUUAAAAUAGUAAGUAAAUAUUACAAUGAAAAAUUUAAAGUGAGAUUGUUCGCACAAGAGCCAGAUAUCAUUUACUGUAUGGUUCUGACCUCUGAGAAAUAGAGCUCAUUUUACCAAUGAAAACUAAUCAAUUUACAUUGUAAAACCACCAACUGGUCUUUUUAUUUUUUUCUUUGUCAUAGACUUUUUACCUCUUGGUUAAUUUUCAGUGUAAUGAAAUUGAACAGUAUAAGUUACGGACUAUUUGAACAUUUAUGCCUCCCAGUAAAAGCGUUAAGGAGUAGUUUAUAUCACAUCAGCAUCAGGAUUGGUGGCAACACAUUCAUUUAACUUUUCACUGGAAAUAAUGUGUAUCUUAAUGAAUUAUGAAUACAACUUAAAGACAAUCUUCCUAACAGCUCUGUAAUACAUUGGUGUUUGUUAUUGUCAUUACUAUGACAGUUAAUAUUAUGGUUAUUGGUGAAAUUUCUUCUUGUUGUUAUGGUUAUCUUAUGAUUAUGAUGGUGAUUUUUUUCCUCUGUGGUUUUAGUGUUUACUUGUUUUAGAUAUCUUUCUCAUGAAAUUCUUUUGAAAUUAUGAGUAGAAAAUAGAAGCACAAACAUUAAAGCCACUCAUUGUUUGCCAAUUCUUCAUGCAUUCCUGGUGAUGAGGAGUGCCUUCGAAAAUUUCUCAGUGUGAUGUCACAUUGUAAUUGUUAUAAGCCUGCAAAUGUCAUUACUUGUUGCAGAGACAUCACAAUGGGUUUAUAAAGGAUGUCAUAGGAUGUAUGUUGUAUGUGUGUAACCGAAUGUCUUUUUGUUAAGUGAAAUUUCAACUUUUUAAUGUUUCUUUCAGGGACAAUUAGAACAGAUGAAUCAAUUUAGUAUUUUCUUUGUCAUAAAAAGUCUGUAGCAAUGUCUGUUUUGUAUCCACAAGCCAUAAUUAUGAAAAUGUUUAUUAAAUUUAUUCACAAGGCAUAUUACUGCAGAAAAUAAUGAACAUUGGAUGUGCAAAUAAAGCCCUGAAGCAUUUUAAA